UCCGUAGACCUACCACUACGUUAUACUGACUGUAUGCAGACUGCGGAGAGUGACAGAGACACUGCGGCCCGGCGGAAGACGUGCGAAGAGGCGCCGAGCGGUCGAUGCAAUUAUUUUUAGUUUGCAGUUCCACCCGGCCUGGUGUUGUGCUGUUGUGAUCGCAUCGUGUGCAAUGCAUUCGCAUAGGUUCGAGGAGGCGAUGCGAGAUGCCGAACUGCUGGAGCUACCCGGUCAACUGCAGGCGAUGAGCAUCAAACACCGACAGGAGAACAACAAGCCUCCCGUAUUCCAGCGCCUGCAGCGGUCGCCAGCGACGAAUGUGUCGUCGUGGGAGUACGGCCGUUGGUAUCCGGGACACUUUGCCAAGCGCGAAGAGGCCUUGUGCUAUCAGCCAGGGAGACGCCUAGGCUCUAGUGUUCCGUCUAAGGGUCAUUCUCGCCACAGCUCUAAACAUAACGGACACCAUCAUGCUGCGGCGGGUCGUAACUGUCGAUCGGCGAAUGACGAUGUGUGCGGUCGCUGCCAGUGCUGCGAAGAUAAUCAGUUUUCAAAAUGGGGCUUACCAGAGCGGUUUCAGGGUGAUAUGCGGUACACGCCGGAAAGUCCGCAGAACGUGCAGAACGGGUGGCAAGUCGCCGGCGCACCCAGGCACUAUUACUCGCCCCCGCUCUCUGGGCACGGCAGCGGUGCGGGCAGCAGAAACAGUCCCCUGUGCUGCUGCAAUUGUCACCGCACCGGCCUGGUGAAGUACAGCAGCAGCAGGCGCGGCCACUCGGCGGCCAGCAUUCCAGCCGGCACACAAAAUCCACACCUCAGCUCCAUGGCUACAUGGCUGAAGGGUGCCUCGAAAGCAGAGGCUGAGGCUGCAAUGGAUAUUCUUCAGGAAAAGCUGGGCCAGCGUUCCGAUCUGUAUCACACCAACUUUUUCCACGGCCCCGGGACGCAGAAACCACGCGAUCUUGAGUUGAUCCCCAGCAGAGUGAAGCGGCAGAUACGUGAAGAGAGAACUGAGGCCUGGAAAAAGCACCAAAUGCAGCCCAAAGACAACAUUGACAUGCUCCCUGAUCCAAAGAAGACCGGCACAUUCCUGCCGCCGCCAUGCAGACAUAAUGCCUGCAUAGUGGAAGUGCAGGCCGGACAGAACUCGACGAAGGCCUCGAACGGGAAAUCUGGACAGGGCACUGGCGCCGACCAUGUGUCAUCGGCAACUCGCUACGGCGGGCUGUAUCACAGGCCGGAGAAAAAUUGGUCAGGAGAGCCGAGCAACGUCCAGUCUCACUUCUUGCAAGCGCAGGCCGAUCACCUCAGACCACUAGAAUACAGCCUGCAUCCCAAUUGGGGUCUGGACCGCAUCCCAGAGUAAUGAACUGCGCCUCAAUCUCACGUCCUUGGCGUUGUCCAGUGCGUUUCAAAACGGUUUCCUUUUGAACUGUGUAUGCGAUCAACUACAAAACCCGACCAACUAUUCAUGUGCAGCUAAUCUUUUGUAAGAUUGUAAGCUGGUGGCAACGCGGAUGUGUAAAAAACGUUACUUACUUUAAUGUUUUGUUGUUUACUGACCAACACACUUCUGUAUUGUACUGAAAUUCAUCUUGUUGUCGUGCAAGGUACCAGACCCAAUUUUUAAAAGGCUUGUAUCUGCUUGCCCAUAGAAAAUCGACACCUCCCAAUGAUUUUCCGAUUUGUUUUAACUUGGUGCAUAGGCAUAGACUUUGGACAUUUUUUCCGUAAUUCAAUUAUGUCAUGAUGACUGAUUUGUGUUGCAUGUAAAUAGGAGCAGAGGUACAUCAAACAGCAUGGAGUACAAUGGAACAAGUUCUCAAGUAUCCACUUAGUACCUUGCCUAUCCAGAUUGAGGCAGGACCCAGACCCACAGCCAAAAGCUGGCAGCUGGACCACACAACUCAACUACACUCUACACGUAUGUUGCACGUCUGAUAAACAAACCCCUUCUGCUAUGAGCAUACUGAGAGAGCCAUGCAUGGGAACUCCGGGUGCUGUUCAUGCUAUGCCUACACACCUACUAUACAUGGUAGCUUCUUCAAGUAGUGUCCAGCACACGGUCUAAAUUCAUUGCGCCAACAU